CAAACACCAAGCUCCAGCUGCAGGUUCCGAGUGGGAGCAGCUUCCUGGUGGCCAGGGUCUGUGAGGAGGGCCUGAGGCAGGCUGGCCAUAGAUGCUGUGGGUAUCAGACUUCUCUUCCAGCGGAAAGAUGGGUCGCCCACCAGAUCCCCACAGCACCCCAACCCCAGCUGGCACCACAGUCACGCCUGGGCUCAUUCCAGACCUCAUCUUCAGGAUCCCCUAGACCCACUGGGCACUCAUUGCUGCUGCUCUUGCUGCUGGCAUCCUCGCUGUCUCCUGUCUGUUCUGUGCCAUCUGCUGCCGCCGCCAAUGUUGUCAUCAUAAGAAGAAGCCCCAGGACAAGGAGGUUAUGAAUCUGGGCAGUGCCCACAGCAGCACCACCACCCACCUGGUGCAGCCAGAUGUGGAGAACCUGGAGUCCAACUUGGGGGACCCUCAGCAGUGGGGGCGCAUGCAGCUCUCCCUGGAGUACGACUUUGGAAACCAGGAGAUUAGGGUGGGCCUGAAGCAGGUGGCUGACCUGAGGGCGGAGGGCAUGGCAGACCCCUAUGCCCGUAUCAGUGUGUCCACGCAAGCCGGGCGCAGGCACGAGACGAAGGUGCAUCAUGGUACACUCUGCCCUGUGUUCGAGGAGACCUGCUCCUUCCAUGUCCCACUGGCAGAGCUGCCCAGUGCCACCCUGCACGUGCAAGUGCUGGACUUCAAGCGCUUCUCUGAGCACAAGCCUCUGGGGGAGCUGUACCUGCCACUGGGCACUCUGGAUCCUCAGCAUGUCAUGGAGUGCUGGUACCAGCUGGGUCCACCGGGCACCAGUGAGGCAGAGCAGAUAGGGGAGCUGUGCCUCUCACUGCGGUAUGUGCCCAGCUCUGGCUUCCUGACUGUGACUGUGCUAGAAGCCCAAGGCCUGAGCCCAGAGCUGGCAGAGUCCUAUGUGAAGGUACAGCUUGUGCUGAACCAGAAGAAGUGGAAGAAGAAGAAGACAUCUAGCAAGAAGGGAACCACUGUCCCCUACUUCAACGAGGCCUUCACCUUCCUGGUGCCCUUCAGCUAGAUCCAGAAUGUGGACCUGGUACUGACCAUCUGGGCCCGUGGCCUGCAGUUCCGGGCUGAGCCUGUGGGCAAGGUGCUGCUUGGCCCCCGGGCCUCCGGCCAGCCCCUGCAGCACUGGGCAGACAUGCUGGCCCGUCCCCGGAGGCCUAUUGCCCAGUGGCACCACCUACAGCCUGCCAAGGAGGUAGAUCGCCUCCUGGCCCUGCAGCCCCGCCUACGCCUGCCAGUGCCUCGCCCCUAAAAGCAUCUUGGUCUUGUAUUUCCCCAGGGCAAGCCAUGAGUGCUCGCCUAAGCCACUUGUGGGACUCUGCAAUAAAAGGCUUCCCCUGC